GCCGGGGCGGGGCCGGGGCGGGCGGAACGGGGCCGGGGCGGGCGGGGGCCGCUCGCGGCGCUCCACACCGGGCACGUCCUGCAGCCGCUCGCCCUCCGCGGCCCCGGGAGCGGCCCCGGCGCCGCCGCCGUGGCCAGGCACGGGGCCCCCCGGGAUGUCCUCGUCGCCCGCGGAGGAGUGCCGGUCGCCCGUGGGGCUGGACUGCUGCAGCUGCUGCCUGGAUCUGGCCAACCGGAGCGGGCUGGAGGAGGGGGCCGGGGGAGAGAACAACAACCCGGGCAGCCCCACCGUGAGCAGCUUCCGGCAGCUGCGGGAGCAGCUGGUCCAACAGAACCUCAACACCGACAAGCUGAGCUCCAUCAUGCGCCAGGACUCGUUGGAACCCGUCGUGCGGGACCCCUGCUACCUCUUCAACCAGGGUAUCUGCAACAGGAAUAUCGACCAGACCCUGCUCUCCAUCCUCCUCCUCUUCCACAGCGCCUCCGGAGCCAGCGUGGUGGCCAUUGACAACAAGAUCGAGCAGGCGAUGGAUCUUGUGAAAAAUCAUCUGAUGUAUGCUGUGCGGGAGGAAGUGGAGGUCCUGAAAGAGCAAAUCAAGGAACUGUUGGAGAAAAACUCCCAGCUGGAGCGUGAGAACAGCCUCCUGAAGACCCUGGCCAGCCCUGAGCAGCUGGAGAAGUUCCAGUCCCGGCUCCCAGCAGAGGUGCUGUGCCCUGAGGAGCAGAGCCCCGGGGUGGCUGCCCCGGCUCAGCACUCCGGGGGCUCUGCGGUGUAAGGUGGCUCUGUCCUCGGGGUGGGCAGAGCCACAGAACUCUUACUACUUAAUCUCCUGCAAAAUCGUUUCCACCUUCAUCUCACACGAAGGACUGCCAGACCCUGGCACUGAGCCGUGCCCCUCGGGCAGCCCUGGCCAGCCUGCAGAGCCAGCGGCCGUCUCCUUCAUGAGGAUGCUCUUCUGCAAGGAAGACAGGGGCAGCUGACCCCCCCUCCCUAUCCAACCGCCCCCCAGGUGCCAGGAGGAGAUGUGUGGCACCUGUCCUGGGCUCUGCUGAAGAGCAGAGCUGGGCAGUCUUUGGCACCGUGACGGUCACCUGCGGCUGGAAGGAGCGCACGCCAAGCCCCAGGCCGCAGCUGCAUUCUGCAGGGGGGUGUCUCUUCCUGGCAAAGCCUGGCACUGGAGGGAGAUGGAUGUUUAGUGAGCAAAGCAGAUAUGUCCCACAAGCCACCCAGGAGCCUGCUGGAACCCGACCCAGACUGAGCAGCACCAGGGGUGGCAGCUGCAGCGUAGACCGUGGCUGAAUGCACAGCAGUGUGGGGAUUACAAGGAAAAAAAGCUUGUUUUGUUAGUUUGGGCAUCUUCUGUAGCUGUAUCUAUGUAUAAACAUGCGCACGAGAGGUGCCUCUGAGGCUGUGGGGUGCCCGCUCUGGGUCAGCCAUGCCCAUCUCAACAUCUGGGGCAUUCGAAGGCAGAGUGGAAUGGUGAGCACCUGUCAGUGGACAGCCAACUAUUGCGAGUGGCACCAAGGAGGGGGCAGAUUGACUCUUCUCUGGCAUCCCACCUGACAGAACGAUGCGGCAGCGCUGGGAGGAUCUGGACUGACCACUGGGCAGAGCCACAAGGCAGGUUGUGCUCUAACCCACUGGGGUGGAGGAGCCAGCCCGUGUUCCUGGGCUCCCCUCUGUGCCUGGCCUGUUCUCUGGGAUGUGACGGGACAUUGCUUUUGAUGUCAGAAGCGGUGACACUGUUGUGUAAAUCUAGAUAGAAAUGGCAAUAAACUCUACUUUUUAUAUAUA